GGGGAGCAGAGGCGGUGGGAGGAAGCCGCAAGUAUAAAUAGCUGCCCUGGAUAGAGCUCGGCCAAAACAGGGGUUUGCAGCUGCGGAGGCUCGGUGGGCAGGCAUCCCGGGCCCGGAGCCGGGCGGAGCGCCGGGGUGGGGGGGCUCUGACCCGACACCCCUCACCAUCGCCGCAUCUCCGGAUGCUCUCCCGGCCAGCCAUGCUGCUGGGCGGCCUCCUCCUCGCCGCGGCCACCGUGACUGUGGCCCAGCGGAGGGGGCAGGAGGCGGCCGGGCGCCGCCGGGCGCACCGCGUCCAGCACGGCCAGUGCAGCUACACCUUCGUGCUGCCCGAGCCUGAGCCCUGCCCACCCGAACCCGAGGCCUUCGGGGGCUCCAACAGCCUCCAGAGGGACUCGCCCGCUGCCGCUGCACUGAACCUAGGGGACUGGCCGGCCCAGCGAGUGCGACAGCUGGAGAAGGUGCUGGAGAACAACACGCAGUGGCUGCAGAAGCUAGAAAGGUACAUCCAGAUGAACUUGAGGUCAGAGCUGGCACAGGUCCAACAGCACAUGGUCCAGAACCAGACGGCCACCAUGCUGGAGCUAGGCACCAGCCUCUUGAACCAGACCACGGCCCAGACCCGCAAGCUGACUGAUGUGGAGGCUCAGGUCCUGAACCAGACGUCGCGCAUGGAGAUCCAGCUCCUGGAGACUUCGCUGUCCACCAACAAGCUGGAGAAACAGCUGCUACUGCAGGGUCACGAGCUGCACCGGCUGCAGGGCCGCAACAACGCGCUGGAGACGAGGGUGCAGGCCCUGGAGACGCAACAGCAGGCGGAGCUGGCUUCUCUCCGCGGCGAGAAGGAGCGGCUGCGGCGGCUGCUGGGCCGCCAGAGCGGCGCCCUCGCGGGCCUGGAGCGCAGCCUGCGCGCCGCCAGCAGCAACUCCAGCCUCCUGCAGCGCCAACAGCGCCAACUGCUGGAGUCCGUGCAGCGCCUGGUGCGCGUCGUGGCCCAGGGCCCGGCCUCCGUGAGGGCAGCUGAGCAGGUGUUCCAGGACUGUGCAGAGAUCCAACGCUUCGGGGCCAACGCCAGUGGCGUCUACACCAUCCACGUGGCCAAUAUGACGGAGCCCAGGAAGGUGUUCUGUGACAUGGAGGCCAACGGAGGCGGGUGGACUCUCAUCCAGCGCCGUGAGAAUGGCAGUGUGAAUUUCCAGCGCAACUGGAGAGAUUACAAACAGGGCUUCGGCGACCCGGCAGGGGAGCACUGGCUGGGCAAUGAGGUGAUGCACCAGCUCACCGGCCGGACAGCCUACUCCCUGCGUGUGGAGCUGCAAGACUGGGAAGGCAACGAGGCCUACGCUCAGUAUGAGCAUUUCCAGCUGGGCAGCGAGGGGCAGCUGUACAGGCUUUCUCUGAGCGGAUACAGCGGCUCAGCAGGGCGUCAGAGCAGCCUGGUCCUGCAAGGCACCAACUUCAGCACCCGUGAUGCAGACAAUGACAACUGCCUCUGCAAGUGUGCCCAGAUGCUGUCUGGAGGAUGGUGGUUUGAUGCCUGCGGCCUCUCAAAUCUCAAUGGUAUCUACUAUCCGGCUCACCAUCACGUGCGCAAGCUCAACGGCAUCCGCUGGCACUACUUUCAAGGCCCCAGCUACUCGCUGCGGGCCACCCGCAUGAUGGUGCGUCCCGUGGGCGUCUAAUAAGCAGCGACACCCGGACGCUGGACCCACAGGAAGAGCCGGGACUCGGUAUUCCCUGAACGAGCUGGAUCCAAACACGGGACACAGUGCCAGGGUAUGGUCCCGGACACCCGGGCCCCCCCUGGGCCAGGCCUCCUUGCCCAGGAGUCCAGAGGAUCUGCUGCCUCCCUGUUCCCCUCAAGUUGUGACACGGUGGGUGGCGGCGGGGGGGGGGGGGGGUGUGGAAUCUGACUCUAUAGUAUCCCUCUUUCCUCUUCCCUUCUGUCUCCGGCAGGGGUCCCCUGCCAGCUUGAGGGUCACAAUACCCUGAAUGAGCGGAGAGCAAACUUAACUUAGGUCCUCAAAGAAAUAUACGAGCACAGUCCACUUCUCCCAGGCCCCAGCAUCUGAAGGCCAGACCUGGCCUCUCGGGGGCUUCAGAAGAUCUAAGGGGCAUUCCUUUACCGCCGGCAUGUCCUCGAAUCUGUUCCAGAGAGAAUAUCUCAGGCGCCCCUCAAAAAGUACCUGGGGUCAAGUGAGGGAGGGAAACACCCAGUUAAAUCAACGUGAACAGGCAUUCUUAGCUGCAGGACCCGUCAGGGCCUUUAAUGUGGUCACAUGCCUUUUGACUGCCUGUGAAGGAGUUAGCAUGGGCAGCUUUUUCCAAAUGUCCUUAUUUGAAAACAGGCCCUGUUGAUCCCAGAGCAUCUCUUGGGGCUGCGGAUGCCCUUGGGAAAAGUUGGUCAAACGUGACAGGAUGGAGACCCCGAGCUCCACCGCUGCACCCCCGCCUGCACCCACUCUUUCUGGCUACAAGAGCCACGGCGAUGGCCCCGAACAGCCCUUAAAAACAACCGGAAGCAGCUUUGGGUCAAAGAAGACACACUCCACCCCCGAAGAAGGGUCUAGAACGAAGUUUCCCAUCUGUGCUCUGGGCCGGGGUCCUGCCAGGCUCCGUCUGGUCCUUGAAAGCCAGAUUUCUGCCUGGAGGCUGCCCUCUCAGCACUCCCUGUCACCCUAGCUCACCUCAGCUCACGUUCAGGGGCUGUUGGGGACCGUCCACUCCGCCUCGAGCGGGACCCCAAUCUUCAGGUCCGGAUCCUUCCAGCCUCCAAGCUGAGACCCUAACCCUCUCCUCCCACCUGGUCCAACAGUGCUGCCACCCGCAGCUAGGGGGUGGCGGGAGGUGGGGGUGGGGGGCAGAGCAAGCCUUCGCCUGGGUCCGGGAGACCAGGGGCUCCUCAUGAACUUCCUUCGGAGGACAGGGUCAGAGAGGGGGUGGGGAAGGACGGCGGGCAGGGUGCUGCUCAGAAGCCUCACGUGGCCUUACACAGCAUUUGCUCGGUAGGCCUUGGUUUAACAUCCGCUGUGGGCAGGGCUCUGGAGUGGGAGGGACCUGCUCCAGCUCUUGGACUUGAGGCCAGUGGCUCAGCCUCUCGAGGCCUCGGUUAUCUUGUCUGUGAAACGGAGAUGAAGCUCCCUCCUGGCUGGGCUGUGGCAAGGAGGCGAUGAAAGGAUGUACGUCAACUUUGUAACAGAGCCUGGCACGAGCAGGUGCCUAAUAAACGUUAGUUCCCAGAGAGGUAAACGGGGUGAGGAAAUCCACCCCUAGGGCGGGCCCCCGCUCCUUCCGGGCCCAGGCAAGGUGAGCAUGUGUUCCUGAAUCUAUGGCAUUUAUUUGUGUACUGCUGAGCUUAGCGGCUAGGUGUGCUGGAGACGGGGUGGAGGCAAAGCUGUGAGCCCCACGGACAGACUCUGGGGUGGUGAAGGCCCACAUCGCCGUCUACACUCGCUUUCUGAAAAAGGCCAGGCUGAUUUAGGUUACCCUCAGAUACCUGUUCUUAAAUAUUCAUGCUUCCUUCCUACCUUCCUCCCUCCUCCAUGCCAGGACUCUCCAGCACAAGGGAUAGAAAGCUUAUCCUAAGGAAGGGAUUGACUCUCAUACCGGGAAGUCUAGGGAUGCAUUCAGGCAGGGCUAGAUCUAGGAGCUCAAGUGACGUCUCUUCACCGUUCAGCCCUGCACCUGCCACGUUGACUUCACUCUCAGUCAGGUUUUCUCCUGACAGGUGGCUCCAGCAGCCCUGGGCUGGUGGCCUCCCAGCUGAGCAUCCCUAAGACAGAGAGUUGCCCUGUCCCCGUGAUUCCAGCAAGGGCAUGAUUUUCUCCAGCCAGGACUGGUCCUUUCGUGCCCAUCUUUGUACUUAUCACUGUGAGUCUGAUUGACCAGACCUGGGGCACCCAAUCAGGCCUGGAACCAGGGCUGGGGUCAGUGCCACCCAAGUCACGUGGACUAGCAGUUUCCAGGCACUGUUUCCGGAAGCAGCGAUGCUGGACAGGCCAGAACCAGCGAUCACUUUUCCACCAUCCAUCUCUCUGACUCCCAUUUCCCUUCUCUCCAUCUCCGCCCCCCUCCUGGCCCCCCUCCCCCCCAACGCCUGGUCCCAGGCUCCAUCUCAUCCCCGGGUUGGCCCAGGACACAGCUGUGUCCCGCCCGGGGUUGUCAGACCCUGGUUCGCUGUCCUGGCUGUGUCCCUGGAGCGGAGUCUCUGGCCCUCUCUGAGCCUCUGUUUCCCAUUUGUACAAUGGCAGAGGACCUGCCGGCCUCUAAAAGUCCCCUGACAGCGAUGCUGACCCACAGUGUCCUGUCCUGCAGACGGGACCAAUGGAAGGACACUGGGCAGCCCAAGGGCCCUAUGGGGGCGUGGCUGGUGUGGUCUUGGCCCUGGCUGGAUCUCCUGGGGGCCACCACUCAUAGGAACUGGCUUCGGGGAUGCCUGAAUCUGCAUUCAUAGGGCCCUUGAACUCAGAUUCUGAUCCUAUGCAGAAUCAUAUCCAGAAUCACCUCUUCCUAUAUCAGAUCGGCAUUCUCCCCAUCUUAGUCAUGAGGAAAUUAGAGCCCAGAGAGGGAAAAGAUUUCAUCCAAGGUGGCACAGCCAAUCACCACCUCCAGUGCACCUUCCAUCUAUGAGCUGCCUCCCUCAUCCAGGCCUCUCUGAGGCAUCCUGACACCAACCACGAAACUGCUGGGGGAGUGUCCCCUCCACUUAUGUCAAGCACCAAAGGAACUUUCUGGAAAGCUCUCCAAGACAAGAGCUUUUAUCACUGGUACCUGAUAGGUCCCGGUGGAGCCAGACAGGCAGAUCGCAUUGUUCCCAAGAUCUCUGCAUGUCCCCGGCGAAAGCAGUUUCCACGCUGAGGGAGAGAGUUGACUGGGCACCCCCAGAGAUGACAGCCAUGGCCGAGGUAAAAGGUGGCCCUUUGCAGGGAGGAAGGGAGCAGCUAGCAUCAGGAUGGUUUGUCUUGGUGGCUGGGGGGACUGACCCCAUUUUCCAGAUCCCCACCCCCACCCCCCGCCCCGGUGUCUGUGUGAGUCUUCACGUCUUGCUUUUAAAGAUGCUUCGGAAAGCUAACGGCAUUGCGUUGGCAACAACGGCAUGGGCAUCUUUUGAUGGAGCGGUGCUUUGGAGAAUGGAGUCUGGUCCAGGCCACGUCCAGGAUAAAUGUGUCACUUCCCUGUGUUAGAUUCACAAGGAGUUGCUCAACUGAGGUUCUCGUGGGUCCUGAGGUCAGGGAUGUCCAAUGGCCUUUAGCAUCGGAUACAUUCCUGCCUUACCCCGUGAGAUCUCCUGGAGCCUCCCUUUCUCCCAUCUGCACAGUGGGGAGAGUGGAGUCGGGUUACCACACAGGGAAAUCAUGCAAAUUCCAUGUGAUGGUGGACAUCCAGGCCUGGAACAUUCGCUCACGUAUUUAUCCAUUCAUGUAUAGAUUCAUUUAUGCACACAGCGCGUAUGGGUCAAGGCCAGGCUGCGUGAUGGGGGUGGACCAAACAAGACGGUCAUGUGCUCACAGAACUGAACAGCCUAGAGAGAGAGACGGGCUCAAACCCCAAUUUUUUUUUAGUUUGUAAAACUAAAUUGACAAUCGAUGGCAAGUAAAGAAAAUAAACAGGAGGCAGAAACAGA